AAACGGAGGCGAGUCUGUCUGUGUGAACAUCCCGUGGCCCGGGAGCCUUCCCUGGUCACUCUUCCUCGGGGCGAGGCCGGCGGCUGCCGGACCGCGCGAAGCAGGGAACAAGGCCUCGCCCUUGGCGCCAGUUCCGCCUUUGGAUCCGCCAAUGGCCAGCUGACCCGCGGGUCCCGGCCCGGGUCUCCAUGGCAGCCCGGCGUACUCGGGCGCUCAUUGGCUACGUCUGUCGCAGCGCUGCGCCCCAACGCUCCGUCGCCGGCGGCCGUGCCACGUACGCAGCAGCCGAUUGGCCCGCGGUGGUCACGUCACUGCCCGCGCCGGGUCCGGCCUGAGUUCGGGGCCAGCAGCCGUCUACCCGGUGUCGCGUUCUGGGUUGUGGCGGCUCUGGAUCUGGCGUCAGGGCGACCGGGCGGACGAGGUGGAGCCAGAGUCGGUCAGGCGAGUUGGUGAAGGGCGCGGGGCCGGGCACGGCGUUGGGAGUGCGCGGCAGGGACCGGCCAGGCGGGCUGCAGGUACCUCAGAGCCCGGGACACCACCUCAACGUCCGCAGGCGCGAUGAAGGCGCUGAUCUUAGUGGGGGGCUAUGGGACGCGACUACGGCCGCUGACGCUGAGCACCCCGAAGCCACUGGUGGACUUCUGCAAUAAGCCCAUCUUGCUGCACCAAGUGGAGGCGCUCGCCGCGGCAGGCGUGGACCACGUGAUCCUGGCCGUGAGCUAUAUGUCGCAGGUGCUGGAGAAGGAAAUGAAGGCACAGGAGCAGAGGCUGGGAAUCCGAAUCUCCAUGUCCCAUGAAGAGGAGCCUUUGGGGACAGCUGGGCCCCUGGCGCUGGCCCGUGACCUACUCUCUGAGACUGCAGACCCUUUCUUCGUCCUCAACAGUGAUGUGAUCUGCGAUUUCCCCUUCCAAGCCAUGGUGCAGUUCCACCGGCACCAUGGCCAGGAGGGCUCCAUCCUGGUGACCAAGGUGGAGGAACCCUCCAAGUACGGUGUGGUGGUGUGUGAGGCUGACACAGGCCGCAUUCACCGGUUCGUGGAGAAGCCGCAGGUGUUUGUGUCCAAUAAGAUCAACGCAGGCAUGUACAUCCUGAGCCCUGCGGUGCUGCGGCGCAUCCAGCUGCAGCCUACGUCCAUUGAGAAGGAGGUCUUCCCCAUUAUGGCCAAGGAGGGGCAGCUAUAUGCCAUGGAGUUGCAGGGCUUCUGGAUGGACAUUGGGCAGCCCAAGGACUUCCUCACUGGCAUGUGCCUCUUCCUGCAGUCACUGAGGCAGAAGCAGCCUGAGCGGCUAUGCUCAGGCCCUGGCAUUGUGGGCAACGUGCUGGUGGACCCAAGUGCCCGCAUCGGCCAGAACUGCAGCAUUGGCCCCAAUGUGAGCCUGGGACCUGGCGUGGUGGUCGAAGAUGGUGUGUGUAUCCGGCGGUGCACGGUGCUGCGGGACGCCCGGAUCCGUUCCCAUUCCUGGCUUGAGUCCUGCAUUGUGGGCUGGCGCUGCCGCGUGGGUCAGUGGGUAAGCCUGUGGGCUGGGCCAGGUGGGGAGAGGGGCGGGGAGUGUGCCUGCCUCCCUGACAAGGCCUGUUCUCUCCUGGAGGUACGCAUGGAGAACGUGACAGUGCUGGGUGAGGACGUCAUAGUUAAUGAUGAGCUCUACCUCAACGGAGCCAGCGUGCUGCCCCACAAGUCUAUUGGCGAGUCAGUGCCAGAGCCUCGUAUCAUCAUGUGAGGGGAUGCAGUGGGGCUGGCCGAGCCCAGGUUUUCCCAUCAGCAAGGGGAGUGCUGGCCUGACACAUCAGAAGACCCUGGACUUGUCAUUUGUCUGGGGGGCAUUGGGUGAAGCUGAAGCUGUUGGACACCUGCCUUCUCAUGUGGACAUCAUCUGGCAGGAUCCCUGCUGGGCACACCCCACAAACCCCACUCCCUCAAGAAGGGCCAGGGCCAGGGCUGUAUGGAAUAAUAAUUUAAUGCUCACUGUG